AUGUUAUCUAUGGAAAGGGUUAACGAAGUUAACUGUAUUUCGGUAACUUACCGUGAACAUUUUAUACCUCAUAUCAGUACCGAAGAUCAAUUACAUCAAAAUAUUCCCUGGAGUUGUACUCCUAUUCUAAAACCCUGUAAAGGUUGUCCGUUGCAUAUACCCUACUACCGCGAUCAAAGACCUUUGUGCGUCACAGUUACGGCAACUCAUCAACUUUACAAGAUCGAUAUACAUGGAAAUUUGAGGGCUAAUGCCUUCAACAUUUUUACAAUUAAUUCUAAUUCCAAUCGACCAGCAGUAGCGCAUACUACUGAUCCUAUUAUAUCAUUAGCGGAUGAAACUCCAGCUUUAAGUUCUCAAAGAAUUAACUUUUAUACAGAUGGUGCUUUUCGCCCGCCUGGUUCAGGGAAUCCCAACCCGUCUUAUGGUAAUACUACCACCACUAACAUGGGCUUUGGUUGGGUCCAUAAAAAUGAUACAAACUCCGAUUUGAAAAUUUCUUUCUUCGGAGGAACUUCUUUAUCACCAUCAUCAUCUUCGAAAGCUGAAGCUUAUGCAAUUUUAAUGGUGGUUCCACCCGAUUCUGUUGUUAAGAUUUAUACGGACUCAAUGAACUGUGUCCACACUUUUCAACGCGUUGAUGAUCCUCUUGUAUCGAUGCGGAAAAUUCUCAAAAUCCCUAAUCACGACGUUUGGCGUUUAAUCAAAAAUUUAACUGGAAAAAAGAAUCUUACUUGUCUUCUUUUUAAAGUUAAGGCGCACUCGGGCGAUUUAUACAACGAUUUAGCUGAUUUGGAAGCUGGCAAGGGCCUGGACCGCUGGACGCGUCCCCGAUCACCAUUAACCCUCAAUUCAUUCCUGAUGGGGCUAUGA